CGGCAGAGCCGGGCCGCCUAUGCUGGUGGCGACAGGCAGCGGGACGCCUCUGCCCGCCGCCGCCGCCAUGAAGUCGCCUCAGGCCCAGCGGCCAGCGGGUCAAGCGCCGGGGGAAGACGGCGUCGGGAGCCUGGCCGAGGCGCUGGGCGAGUUCGACGCGGUGUUGGAGGAGUUCUCCUGCCCCGCCGGCCGCCGCCGCUUCCACUACGGCGAGCACCUGGAGCGCAUGAAGCGGCGAAGCAGCGCCAGCGUCAGCGACGGCAGCGGCCUCAGCGACUCGGAGAGUGCAGAUUCACUCUACAGAAAUAGCUUCAGCCUCAGUGACGAAAAGCUGAACUCUCCAACUGCAUCUACUCCAAGCUUGCCAUCCCCAUCAGUAACUCCAUGUAAAGCAAAGCUUGGAGACACAAAAGAACUGGAAGACUUCAUUGCUGAUCUUGACAGGGCACUAGCAAGUAUGUGAAAUGAAUCUUUGUGCUUGCCUAUGAAUGUCCUCUGAAGGAUAAGUGACACCAAUCACUGAGAGCUGCUGCCCUUGUCUGGUAACUUUGCUACCCAAGAUAUCCAUCUUCUGAACAUAACCUCUAUAAACUCCUACAAGUAUUUAACUGGCAACAUGCUCUGUUACUUUGCAGCAGGUGGAAUAAGAUAACUUAAGUGUUACAGCUGUAUUUUGCUUUAAAAUACAGCUUGAGUUUUAAUUUAAAGUUGCUUUUAUGAAAAUAUAUUUGUAAUUUUAUAUAGUUGAGAACUUUUAAUGCUUUUUUUUUCCAUUAUAAUAUAUUUUUGUAUGCAAAUAAACCUGAACUGGAAUACAGAUGUCUUGAAAGCUUCAUAUGAAUGCAGGAACUCUGAAACAGAAGUACAAAUUAAGCUCUUACUGAAAAGAUCAAGCUUUAAAAUGUCUGGUAAGAGCAUAUUUCCUGAUAGGCAAAAUAUGUUAUACUGGCUUAAUGUGGAACUCUUUCAAAUUGCUUAAGUAAGAGAAAUUUGUACUAUGUGGACUUAAUACAAUCAGGAAAAUAAUAAAAUUGGUCAAACUGUUACUUCAGAUUUGCCUUCAUACUAAUGAAAUAACACUGGCUUAGGUGGUGGUGUUAGAAUGUGUACUAUCUCAAGGCCUGUGUAAAAGCUAGCUUUAAACUUGCGUACCAUUUGGCAUGAAGUACUAGUUGGGAGGUCAGACAUCAAGGCCCAUAGAUUUAAAGCUAUGGAGAUCCUGUAGCACCAAGAAAAUAUUCAAGUGUCUGACAGUUCUGAUACCAGACCCUUGGGUCCAAAACAGUCCACCACUCUAAAAAGACUUCCUAGCCAUCAGUGUUAAGCUGAAAGAGUGGAAGGUGAACCUGUAUUUUUACGAGGAACCUGAUUCUUUCCAUGUGCAUUAGGCAAUGGAGACGUCAUUACAUGAGCUCUGCUCCAGCUGCUGCAGGCAUUACACUUGGCUCUGCUGUCUGUGCUGCUCAUGCCAUUGCUCUCUAAUCUGUUCAGACCAAGUGAGCUGGGCUUGUUUGAACUCCAGGUCUUAUUGUGACCAAAGCAGACUCGGGAGGAGUUGCAUGAGUGAUUCAGACAUUGUGCCCCUUUAGUCUGUUACCUUUCCACCAGCCAAUUCCUUAGCAAAUGUAAAGAUGGAUUUGGACCUGCCUUCUGCAGCGAUGGGAAGUCUGCUCUGUAUUUGCUAAUGAGAUCACCAUGUGGAUGAUUCAAAUCCAUCUCCCUGCUUUAAACUUUAAAUAAAAUAAAUGACCAAAACAUUUGGUUCUUACUAAAGCAUCAUAUAA